GGUGCCAGCGAGCGAUGGGCAGAGCCGGCACGGAGAGACCUCCCCUUGUCCCCCCCGGUCCCCUCCCUCUGUCCGCCCCCCGGUCCCCUCCGUCCCCAUCCCGCUCCUCUCAGCUUGUGGAACCCCCAGGUUUCCCUGCACCCCCCAUUUUCACACCUCCUCACCCCUUUUCCAACCCCUUUGCCCUCUAAAUCUUGCCACGCUUGCAUCCUUUAAGGGAAGCGUUGGGGCUAAACGUGCUCUAAAAAAUCACUGCGAGUUUAAAACAUGCUGAUAAUUGCAAAGCAGGUCCCGUUAGGCUGGCGAAACCUUCCCCGCAAAGAGUCUUUUUCUCACAUGAAUAAGCUGUUGGAGUCUAAUUAAACCGCAAACAGAGAUUUAGCACCUUCCCACAGUCCAGGCUGAUAAUAUCCACCAGACAGGGGUGAUUUUAACUUACUCCUCUGGUGUUUUUAUUGGGAAAAAAAAUACCGACUGUGUUGCUGCCUGCCAGGAGGAGCUGCUUUUCCAUCGGGAAACACAAUUCCAGUGCAACGAAGAGGAAAAUCGCCUCGGAAAGCUGAGCGUGUCCCUCCGCUUUGCUAAAGGAUGCUCCCAAAUCGCAGCCUCCCAAAUGGUUGGCAGAGGAGAUGGGGGUAAAGCUGCAGCUCCCUGAAAACCUGGACAAAUUUGGGUUUGAAUUGCGCAGCCGAACCUCACAAAGGGAGGAUGCCGGGCCUCGGGCUGGAAAUCUUUAAACUCCACCACCAGAGCCUCCUGCUGCUCUUUGACGCGUCUUCAGCCCAAAAUCGCCGGAGCCUAACGCGGGUGUCUUAGCAACGCUCCCGACCUCGCCGGGGUGGAUGGUGGUGAAACAAAGACCUGGCUCGGAGGUUUCCAUGCCAGGUUUCCACCUUCAACUGCAACGCAGCGGUUUCUCCUCCAGCUUCUUGCUCCAGAAUUACGUGUCGCAUCUGAACAGCCAAAGGGGCUUUGAAGGACCCGCUGAGCCGUGGAUGGGCUGAAGGAUGAUGUGAUUGAUGGUGUCCAGCUCCGGAGAAGCCCAAAGUGUCGUGUCUCAGCAGGAAACCUGCCUGUCAGGCUUUGAGCCAGGAGGGAAUCGAGGUGAUGCUCUGAGGGCAGAAGGUGCAGCGAAUGAAUUAAUUAAGGAAAAAAAGGAAAGCGGCUCGUCCCAACGUUCACCGCUAUUUAAUUAAAGGUAUAAAACAGCGCUGAAUAGCUGGAGGGAACAAAUCUGCUCCAGAUGCUCUAUAACACUUGCCCGUUGUCUCCGUGCCCCGAUUAUUCACUAUUUUGCACCAAGAACCAGUAGGAAAUGCUUCCAGAGCACAAAGUUUAACCCAAUAGCCAAGAAAAGGUCACUGAAUAGCUUCUUUAACCCCUCGCUGAGGAUGAGAAGGAGCAAGACGCAAGGAGGAAAACUGAACGGGUGCAAAAGCAGAACGUGGCGCAAACUCAUCCCCUCCGGUGACAGCAUUUUAAUCUCACAAACUCCUGCCUCGAGCAUUGACAGAAGGAAAAACUCUCCAGUUUGGCCCCCAAAAGAACAACCGCAUUCCGCUCGCUAUAACUCUUUGUUACGGUGAGAGCCCCGCGCGCGUUUCUGAGCGUCGGCCUUUUAUUUAUUAAAUGAGAGCUUUAUUUCGACCCAGCGACGGCUGCCAGAAGCGCUCGAAAUGAAGAGCGAAGAUUAUCCGUAACGCAAACAGCCCUGCUCUCCAGCCUGGGCGCAAAUGAAAUGAAGUCGGCUAAAUUAGAUGAUCGCUCCAAGCAAUUGAAACCCAAAUACAUCUUGCUGGGGUCGCCUCUCUUCUUUCCUCCGCAUGGCGUUUUUUAGGCGUUGAUUUGUGUGUUUGCAAGACGAUAGUGUGUUUCCAAGUAAUUAAAAGCUCGUUAGGGGAUGUGCUUCGUGUGGAUCGUUGCUGCGAUGGUGGGAAACAGCGCGGAGCUGGCGGGAGGAUGCGUCAUCUCCUGGAAAGGGGAAUUUAGGGAUAAUUUAGGGGGUGGAUUUUGGUAUCUGGGCUCUGUGCAAAUCUGCAGCUUCAUGCACAUCUUCCCUGAGUGGUUUUCAGCUCGACUCUUCGCAAUCCAGCGGUUGCACCGCGUGGUUUGAGCGUCGCAACCGUCGCUUGAGAUGAGCAGAAAGGUUUUGGCUGUAAAUGAAGAGGGUUUGUUCGCUGCUGGCCCUGAAUUCCCAGAGAAAACUCCUGGCUCCGUUACGCUUUCCUGCAGCACGACUCUAUUUUUUGGCUCUGCCAAAAAAAACCACCGGUUAUAAAUAGUCGAGUGGCGCAACUAAACCCUGGGAUUCCCUCCUUAAAAGCAUUUCCGAAGGGAGUUUGAGAAAUUGCCAGAUUUUGGGUGUUGUCAGACGAGCGCUGUUGUUUCCGGGCGGGUUGUGCUUUCAUGUGCUUUGCUUUCCAAAGAGAAGGUGCUUGGAUUCCAUCCAACGGGAAGCGGCGCCGAGACGCCGUCCUUGGAGAUCCCGCCCGCGGAGACACCUCCAAGCGCCGGGCAGCUGAAAGUGGUGUCCAAAGGAAGGUUUUACACACAGUAGCAAGUUACAACAGGUAAAACUGGACGUUGUUCUCCAAGCAACUACUCGGGGGGCACUUCUGCUGGAUUUGCAGCCGCCGCUUCACCCUUUGCUGCCGUGGAGCUCCUGGGAUGGCUACAGGAUUGCCAUGAACUUGUUCAGUACACCAGCGAAGAUCCUCGGCCUCGUGAUCCUGUGCGUGGGGAUUUACGCCGAAGCGGAGAGGCAAAAGCACAAAACCUUGGAAGGGAUCUUCCUUGCCCCGGCCAUCAUCCUCCUCCUGCUGGGUUUCACCAUGUUCGGCGUCUCCUUCGUGGGCAUGGUGGGGAGCCUCAGGGACAACCGCACGCUGCUCAAGACGUUCUUCUGGGUCCUUCUGGUGAUCUUCCUCACGGAGCUGCUGCUGAUAUUCAUCGAAAUCAUCUUUGAAAACAAGAUGAAUGCCGUUUUCCACUCCAACAUCCAAGAGGGCAUCAGACACUAUUACGAUGACCUGGACUUCAAGAACAUCUUGGAUUUUGUACAAGAAAAGUUUUCUUGCUGUGGUGGCGAUGAAUACCGGGACUGGGCGGUGAACCAGUACCACUGGUGCAACGGCAGCGGGCCGCUGGCGUGCGGGGUGCCCUACACCUGCUGUGUCAGGAGGGUCACCGGAGGGGUCAUUAACACCCUGUGUGGAUACCGGACGCUCGACAAAGAGCGCCUGGAGCUGCUCGACGUGAUCCACGUGCGCGGCUGCAUCCACGCCGUGGGGCUGUGGCUCAAAGACAACUUCGAGGCCACUCUGGGCAUCGUUUGCUCCCUGCUGCUUCCACAGGCGAUCGGCCUCGUGAUGGCUUGGCUGUAUUGGCAGAAGCUCGACGAGAUCUACGCCAAGCUGGACGCCGUCGACUUCAGGAUCCUGGAGACGCGGGAUUUGAGUUUCGGGGCGCUGGACCUGAGCGGCGCAGGCUGGUGCUGGUGCCUGCCCAGGGAAGGGGGUUACGUCCCCGUCAGCGCCGACGAUGAGGAGGAUGAAGAGGAAGGGACCUCCCACUGCAGCAAAGUGUGAGAAGGACCGAAAAGCAUCUUGGAGCGAAGCUCUUAGGGCAUCGAACAUGGAAAUGACGUGAUUUAUCUUCUCAGGGUCAGGAGGUACUUUGGGGGAAACUGCAAAGUGCCACUGGAAGGGUUAGAAAAAAUACAACGUACUGUGCAGGCACAUGAGCUCCCCGGGCUCUUUUGUGCUAUUUUGACAUUUUGAAGUGUUUGUACAUCUUAUUAGUUUGGUUUUUUUUACGGAAUAAAUGUGAAUUAUGUUGUGUUUUGCAAA